AUUCUAAUAUACUUCUCUCCCAAACCACAUUAUUAGAAAGACUCUAUUUUUCUUGAUUUUCUUUGGACCACUGGUCUAAUUUCUAACAACACCACCAUCUCUCUCCACACACACACACACACACUCUCUCUCUCUAUAUAUACCUACAUGCCUACUCACUCUCUUUCCUGGCCUUUUCCAUCGGGCAAACGAGGCUGGUUCUCCAACUGAGAAAAACGACAUUGCCAGGUUUUUGAGACCUGAAAAAGCCUCUUUUAGAUCUCUCAUUUUCAUAGCUCCAACCCCAACACCCAUCACCACCAUUUUCACUCUACCUCAGAUCUCUGAUUCAAUGGCACUACUCUCCCCACCUCCCCCAACUCUUCCUCUUCAAUCACUUUAACUCUCCCACUCACUCUCUUCUUUUACGCUGCUGAAAAACUUGCUUUUGUGUUGGCUUACCUUGGCUUUUAUAUGGCUGAAACCACAGAGCCCAAGGUACUGCCCGAGGCGGAGAAGAAGAAGGAGCAGAGAUUGCCAUUUUUCCAGCUCUUCUCCUUUGCGGAUAAGUAUGAUUGGUUUCUCAUGGUGUUUGGUAGCUUGGGUGCUAUGGUUCAUGGCUCCUCAAUGCCUGUCUUCUUCUUGCUAUUCGGUGAAAUGGUUAAUGGGUUUGGCAAAAACCAAUCUGAUUUGCACAAAAUGACUCAUGAAGUCUCAAAGUAUGCUCUUUAUUUUGUCUACCUGGGUCUGGUGGUGUGCUUAUCAUCAUAUGCAGAGAUUGCAUGCUGGAUGUACACUGGGGAGAGGCAAGUAAGCACUCUGAGGAAGAAGUAUCUUGAGGCAGUGUUGAAACAGGAUGUUGGCUUCUUUGAUACUGAUGCCAGAACUGGUGAUAUUGUCUUCAGUGUCUCCACAGACACUCUUCUCGUCCAAGAUGCCAUCAGCGAGAAGGUGGGGAACUUUAUACAUUAUCUGUCAACGUUUUUGGCGGGCCUGGUUGUUGGUUUUGUAUCAGCAUGGAGGCUAGCAUUGUUAAGUGUAGCAGUUAUUCCUGGAAUUGCAUUUGCUGGUGGUUUAUAUGCGUACACUUUAACUGGCCUCACUUCCAAGAGUCGAGAAUCGUAUGCGAAUGCCGGCAUAAUAGCCGAACAGGCCAUUGCUCAAGUUCGUACUGUAUAUUCUUAUGUUGGUGAGAGCAAGGCUCUUAAUUCCUACUCCGAUGCAAUACAAAACACAUUAAAGCUUGGAUAUAAAGCCGGGAUGGCAAAAGGUCUCGGGUUAGGAUGUACAUAUGGAAUAGCUUGCAUGUCUUGGGCACUUGUUUUCUGGUAUGCUGGUGUUUUUAUCAGGAAUGGGCAGACAGAUGGAGGGAAGGCGUUCACAGCUGUUUUUUCUGCCAUUGUUGGUGGAAUGAGCUUGGGUCAGUCAUUUUCAAACCUUGGAGCAUUUAGCAAAGGUAAGGCAGCUGGAUACAAGUUGAUGGAGAUCAUCAAGCAGAAGCCAUCCAUUAUUCAAGAUCCAUUGGAUGGAAAAUGUUUGUCUGAAGUUAGUGGCAAUAUAGAAUUUAAGGAUGUCACCUUCAGCUAUCCAUCGCGUCCUGAUGUUAUCAUCUUUCGGAAUUUCUCCAUUUUCUUUCCCGCCGGAAAGACUGUUGCAGUUGUUGGUGGGAGUGGGUCAGGGAAAAGCACAGUUGUCUCUCUGAUAGAAAGAUUUUAUGAUCCUAAUGAGGGGCAAGUGUUGUUGGAUAACGUGGAUAUAAAGACCUUGCAACUAAAAUGGUUGCGUGAUCAGAUUGGGCUGGUGAACCAAGAGCCUGCUCUCUUUGCCACCACUAUACUUGAGAAUAUACUUUAUGCAAAGCCUGAUGCAACUAUGGCUGAGGUGGAAGCUGCUGCUUCUGCUGCAAAUGCUCAUAAUUUCAUUACCUCACUUCCUCAUGGCUACAACACUCAGGUAGGAGAGCGAGGAGCACAACUAUCUGGUGGCCAGAAACAGAGAAUUGCUAUUGCUAGAGCAAUGUUGAAAGACCCAAAGAUCCUUCUCCUUGAUGAAGCUACUAGUGCUCUUGAUGCAAGCUCUGAGAGCAUUGUGCAGGAAGCUCUAGAUCGACUUAUGGUUGGAAGAACAACUGUUAUUGUGGCUCAUCGACUCUCUACCAUAAGAAAUGUAGACACAAUUGCAGUUAUUCAGCAAGGGCAAGUUGUUGAGACUGGAAAUCAUGAAGAGUUGAUUGCCAAGGCAGGAGCCUAUGCUUCACUAAUCAGAUUCCAAGAAAUGGGGAGGAACAGAGACUUUUCAAAUCCAUCUACUCGUCGCUCUCGUUCCUCCCGCCUGAGUCAUUCCCUAUCAACAAAGUCUUUAAGCCUCCGUUCUGGCAGUUUACGGAACUUGAGCUAUUCAUACAGUACAGGUGCUGACGGCCGCAUAGAAAUGGUUUCAAAUGCAGAAACAGGCCGCAAAAAUCCUGCCCCUCAUGGCUAUUUCUGUCGGCUUCUCAAUCUAAAUGCUCCUGAAUGGCCCUAUUCAAUAAUGGGUGCAAUUGGCUCAGUCCUUUCUGGUUUUAUUGGUCCAACAUUUGCUAUUGUCAUGAGCAAUAUGAUUGAGGUUUUCUACUACAGAAAUUACACCUCUAUGGAAAGAAAGACAAAGGAAUAUGUUUUUAUUUACAUCGGAACCGGCCUUUAUGCUGUUGUCGCAUAUUUGAUUCAGCAUUACUUUUUUAGUAUAAUGGGAGAAAAUCUAACAACAAGGGUGCGCAGGAUGAUGCUUGCAGCAAUUCUAAGGAAUGAAGUUGGAUGGUUUGAUGAGGAGGAACACAACUCUAGCCUUCUUGCAGCUAGGUUGGCAACUGAUGCUGCGGACGUAAAGUCUGCUAUUCCCGAGAGGAUCUCUGUGAUUCUGCAGAACAUGACUUCCCUCCUCACUUCAUUCAUUGUUGCUUUUGUUGUGGAAUGGAGGGUGUCUCUUCUGAUUUUAGCAACAUUUCCUCUGCUAGUCCUUGCCAACUUUGCUCAGCAACUCUCCCUCAAGGGUUUUGCUGGGGAUACAGCCAAGGCACAUGCAAAGACUAGCAUGAUAGCUGGUGAAGGAGUAAGCAAUAUAAGAACUGUUGCAGCCUUCAAUGCUCAAAACAAGAUUCUUUAUUUGUUCUGUCAGGAGCUUCGAGUCCCACAGCUCCAAAGUCUACGCCGCAGUCAAACUUCUGGUCUACUCUUUGGCCUGUCUCAGCUUGCUCUCUAUGCCUCUGAAGCUCUCAUUCUUUGGUACGGUGCUCACCUUGUUAGCAAAGGUGUAUCCACUUUCUCAAAGGUGAUCAAGGUUUUUGUGGUGUUGGUUAUUACGGCCAACUCAGUUGCAGAAACUGUUAGCCUUGCUCCUGAGAUUAUUAGGGGUGGUGAGGCUGUUGGCUCAGUGUUUUCCAUUUUGGACCGUUCAACAAAGAUCGAACCAGAUGAUCCAGAGGCUGAGCCUGUUGAAUCAAUACGUGGGGACAUUGAACUUAGACAUGUUGAUUUUGCAUACCCUUCAAGACCUGAUAUUAUUGUGUUUAAAGACCUUAACCUUAGAAUCCGUGCUGGCCAGAGCCAAGCACUUGUUGGUGCCAGUGGUUCUGGCAAGAGUUCUGUAAUUGCAUUGAUUGAGAGAUUUUAUGAUCCAACAGCUGGAAAAGUCAUGAUUGAUGGGAAAGAUGUCCGGAGAUUGAACCUACAGUCCUUGAGGCUUAAAAUUGGAUUGGUGCAACAAGAGCCUGCAUUGUUUGCUGCAAGCAUUUUUGAUAACAUUGCAUAUGGUAAAAAUGGUGCAACUGAAGCUGAAGUAAUUGAAGCAGCUCGUGCUGCUAAUGUACAUGGAUUUGUUAGUGCAUUGCCUGAUGGAUAUAAGACACCAGUUGGCGAGAGAGGGGUUCAACUCUCUGGUGGACAGAAACAAAGAAUUGCAAUUGCCAGGGCUGUACUUAAGGAUCCAACAAUACUCUUGCUAGAUGAGGCCACAAGUGCCCUUGAUGCUGAAUCAGAAUGUGUACUGCAAGAAGCCCUUGAAAGGUUAAUGAGGGGCCGCACCACGGUCCUUGUGGCUCACCGGUUAUCGACGAUAAGAGGGGUAGACAAUAUUGGGGUUGUACAAGAUGGGCGCAUAGUGGAACAGGGCAGUCACUCAGAAUUGGUUAGCCGAGGAGAUGGUGCAUAUUCCAGGCUCUUGCAACUACAACACCAUCACAUAUGAGGGUUUUGAUUACAGUAACAUGGAUAUGGUGGGUGGUAAUUAUGUUUGGGUCCCAUUAACCUUAUGUUUUCAUUUUUUCUUUUCCGGAUGAUGAUAUAGUUGUAGAUAUGGGAAUGUGGAGACUAUCUUUUUAACAACUACUGCCUCAUUUCCAAUGGGGAAGCAAGUGUUAUAUUAUUAAAUAUCUAUGGCCUAUAGGUCUUUAAAGCCUCUUAUACA